GCUCCGUGUACCUCCUUAGGUCUCAACGCUUUAGAGCUCGUCCGAAAUAUACGCGUUGCAAUGUUGCAGCUCUAUUCCAUCCUAUGGUGUUGGUAGCGCCAACCGCGAAUCUAGCAGGACUCAAAUCCCUUCUGUGGUGUUUUCAUUUACGCCCUGCCCAAGUCCAGUCCCAUAUGGAAGUUCACUUGCGAUCGAGUACAGUAAGGCACAUUUGCAUGCCAUUGGAACGCAAUGCCAAGCUCUGGGAUGACGGUUCGGUUUCAGCCACAUACGUGCAGUAUGGGAAUACACACACCUGGGCCUUGGUGGUUCGCCCGAGGAAGAGGCGAAUGGAAAGUAUGUAGAUGAAGAGCUGUGUCAGUUUGAUGGCCUGGAAUGUUGACACUUUGACGAAAGGCAACAAAUAAACAAGGCAAAAGCACUUUCGAAUAUGAAUAUAGCUCCCAUGCUCACAAUGUCCGAGGCAACAAGUUAUCAGGAUGAC